UUGUUUUGCUAAUCUUAUUCGCGUGUGUUUAAAUGUAAGUCCUGUUUGUUUUAAAAUUAAAUUUAACGACGGUAAACGCAUCUCUUAUAAUAUAUGUUUAAUAUGGAGUUAAAUUUAUAUAAAAGUGGGCCAAGCCAAGUUUUAUUUUUACAAUUAUCAUUCAUGUAGAAUUUUUAUUUCUUUGUGUUAAAACAAAAGACUGACAGUAGUAAACAAAUAAGAAACCAAAUGGCGUGGUACGAGAAAGUAACCAAACCCAUAAGGGAAAUGCUUAAGUCUGAAAAAAGUACGAAAUGCCAAGAAGGGCUUGAAACUCCAGAGGAAUACAAAGAAAGAUGGAGGUCCAUAUACAUUAUAUACUUUACUAUGUUUUUAAUUUCUUUAGGAUUUAGCAUAAUAGUAACCGGAGUUUGGCCAUAUUUAGAUAAGCUGGAUCCAACUGCAGGCAAAGAGUUUAUGGGCUACGUGGUGGCCGCAAAUCCAUUUGGCCAAAUGAUAUUUUCGCCACUUGUCGGCUGGUGGAGUAAUAGAUUAGGAUCUAUAAGAAUACCUUUGAUAUUAUCCUUGACGAUAUUUGCCAUUUCAAGUGCCACAUACUCAUCAUUAGAACUGUUUGAAAAUCAUAGGAAAUACAUUAUGGUGUUUUCUAGGUUUUUAGUAGGAGUUAGCUCAGCUAACGUCGCUGCAUGUCGGUCUUACUUAUCAGCGGCUACAACAGUGUCAGAACGAACAAAAGCAGUUUCAAUGAUUUCUCUUGCUCAAGUACUUGGUUUUGUGAUAGGACCUGCGAUACAAGCAGCCGUGGUGCCGCUAGGAAACGAUGGUGUUUGGCUAAUUAAAGACCAAUUAAAACUGGACAUGUACACUGCUUCUGGAUGGAUAAAUGUCUUCCUGACUUUGAUAAAUAUUUACUUAUUUUUUCCUUCCAUGUUCAUAGAACACAAAAUAGCCAGUAGAGAGGCAAUGCAAAAAUCUGGCACAAACAACGAGAAGGACACGUGGAAAAUGUUUAAGCCUUCCUAUUUUGCCGCGUGGACUUUGCUUGUGGCAUUCUUCGUAAUCUUGUUUAAUUUUAUGAUAUUGGAAACACUGGGUACUCCUCUCACAAUGGAUCAGUUCGCCUGGAGUAAACGAGAUUCCUUAAAGUAUAUGGGCAUAUUAAUGUCUGUUGGGGCUGUUUUAUCUAUUUUUACUUUUGCUUUGAUUGCUCCGCUAACAAAAAAAUUUAACGAAGUAAAAGUUAUGAUAUGGGGUGGAUUUUUGUUUAUGGUUUUGGGUAGACUUGCGUAUAUACCUUUCAUGAAUGAUCCUCCACAAGUUUACGAUAAUUCUUUUAAGGUUAACUUGACUCUAGUCUGCACAUUUUGGAUAAAGAAUCAUACCAUUAACGAAAUGACUGAGACUAUCAAUUUAAAUUUCCUAAAAAAUUCACUUAGCUUGCACAAUCGAACUUUUAAUUACCAUAGCAUACAAAAUGAAGAAGAACUUAAAUAUUUAACCUUGAAUUGUGGGGAUGAUUUGUUAGGAUGUCCUUCCACCCAGCAGUGGUGUACUUAUACACCAGCGAUGACUUUAACACAGUUUAUUGUGGGAUACCUUUUGACAGCUUUUGGUUAUCCGAUUGGAGUGACGUUAAUACAAACAAUAUUUUCGAAAAUUUUGGGACCUCGACCUCAGGGAGUAUGGAUGGGUCUCAUAACCGGUUCUGGUUGUUUGUCUAGAGUGAUGGGGCCAGUAUUCGUCACGUAUAUUUAUGAAGAGUAUGGUACAGUUCACACAUUUAUCUUAACAACUGUAAUGAUGGCUGCAUGUCUUCUAUGGUUAACACUGUUUACCAAAAGUUUGGUUCCUAAAGAUUUAGUUGUUAACGAAGGCCGUGAACUUAACGAGAUCCACAAAUUUGUUUCGGUUGAUCUUCAACAAGAAAUAAUACCGUUAAAAGAUGAAAACAUUUAAUUUUAGGGAUAUUAACGUAAAAUUUACCACAAAAACAUAUGUGUAUUACGUCAUUUGGUACAACUAAAACUAUGUUUUGGAGUGUUUAAAUAUUCGUGUACUUAUACUU